CAGUUCCGCCCGCUCCUCAGAGCGCUCCGCGUUCCCUCAUAAAUCCCGCCGGGAACGGCGGAAUCCGCCUGGAAAUGCCUGGACGGAGCCUAAAUCCACUGGGGAUGGAUCCUAAAUCCCCUGGGAUUGAGCCAAAGCGCGCAAAUCCUCGAGCUUCCACGGAUAAGGGCGGUACGGGAAAGGGCGGACGCCCGACCCCUUUCCCAUCCUUCCUGAGGCGGCUCCGCCUUUUCUCGGCGCUGUUCCCGGAACCGGUUCUGGGCCGGGACCGGAGUCCGUCCCGGGGCUCCUUUGCCACCGCAGCGUGCCCAAGGUGUCCCCAGUGAGCAUGGAGCCCAAAGAGCUGUCCCCGGCCCUGCUGCAGCCACAGGUCACCGUGGUGGCCAUCCUGGAUGAGCUGCUGGGCACCCUGCCCUGGGAGAACGACACGCUGCUCGGGUCGGCAGUGAGCUUGUACCCAGACGUGGUGAAAUUCACCAGGGAACUCCGGGCCACCCUGUACCGCACUGAUGAUGCCUGGCGGCGCCACAAUGUCACCGUGGAUGGUGAUGACCCUGUCACCUCCCUGAGCCGGGCCCUGGCCGCCUACAAGAGCACCCCAGGGACCACCUGGAAGUGUGUGACAUGGGCAGCCCUGAAGUGGCAGUGGGCGGUGGCUGGGCCAGUGGACAGCUGGGCCCAGCUGGCCAGGAAAGCCACUGAGCUCCGCAAGACCUGCAGAGGGGUGGCCAGUGAGGCAGCCGACCUGGCUGCCGCUGCCACCGCCCGGGCCAGGGAGCUGCAGGACGAGGCUGCCCGUUAUGGGGCAGCUCCGGAAAACAUGGAGGAGCUGGGUCAGGCCCUGGGCGGGGAGGAGGGGGCUGAGGUGGUGGCCGGGCAUGAAGCCCAGGUGAGGAGAGAGGCCAGAAUGGCUGCCAGAGAGGCAACAAGGGCCACCAUGGUGAGACAGCGGCUGGAGGCGGCCCUGGGGCUGCUGGAGCGCUUGGUGGCCGCAUGUGUCGAAGCGACCGCGUUCCCCCGGGAGCUGCAGCGCAGGGUUGGGCACAUUGAGGCCGCCCUGAAGGGGACAAAUGAGGCGUCCCCCAAUGUCCCCGAGGACUUGGUUGCCAAGGUGGCCGAGGCUGAGCGGAUGUGGGAGGCCAACGCCCGCCUGGUCAAGGAUCACCUGCUGGGGACACUUCCAGACAUCAUCAAGUUCUAUUUCACUGGUGGUCCCGCCAACCCCAGUGCCUGUGGGGUGGCCGAGCAGUGCCAAAGAGCCAUCGAUGACAUCCCAAAGCUUCUUCGACCCCUGGAGCAUCCCCAGAGCAUCCCCAGGGUGUCCCCAGAGCUGUCCCCGGCCCUGCUGCAGCCACAGGUCACUAUGGUGGCCAUCCUGGCUGAGCUGCUGGACACCCUGCCCAGGCAGGAUGAGGAGCUGCUGCUGCUCAAGUCUGCAGUGAGACUGUACCAGGAGCUGGAGGAUUUCACCAGGAACCUCUGGGUCACCCUGUACUGCAUUGAGGGCACCUGGUGGCGCUGCAAUUUCACCUCCGAUGAUGACCCUCCCACCUCUGAUGAUGAUGACCCUGUCACCUCCCUGAGCCAGGUCCUGGCCACCUACAAGAGCACCCCAGGGACCCACAGGCACCGUGUGACAAUGGCAGCCAGGAAGUGGCACAGCUCAGCGUAUGUGCUUGUGGGUAGGUGGGCCCGGCUGGCCUGGAAGGCCACCCAGCUCCACAUCACCUGCUGGGAUUUGUCCACCAAGGCGGCCACCGCCCAGGCCAGGGAGCUGCAGGACGAGGCUCCCUGUGAUGGGACAGCUCAGGAAAACAUGGUGGAGCUGGGUCAGGCCCUGGGCAGGGAGGACGGGGCCGAGGUGGUGGCCGAGCAUGAAGCCCAGGUGAGGAGAGAGGCCAGGGUGGCUGCCAGCGAGGCAACAAGGGCCACCAUGGAGAGAGAGCGGGUGGAGGUGGCCCUGGGGCUGCUGGAGCGCUUGGUGGCCGCGUGUGACGAAGCCACCGCGUUCCCCCGGGAGCUGCAGUGGCGGCUCAGGGACACCGAGAUCACCCUGGAGGGCACAAAUGAGGUGUCCCCCAGUGUCCCCGAGGACUUGGUGGCCAAGGUGGCCGAGGCCGAGCGGAUGUGGGAGGCCAACGCCCGCCUGGCCAAGGAUCACCUACGGGGGACACUUGAUGACAUCAUCAAGUUCUAUUUCACUGGUGGUCCCCCCAGCCCCAGUGCCUGUGGGGUGGCCGAGCAGUGCCAAAGAGCCAUCGAUGACAUCCCAAAGCUCCUUCGACCCCCAGAGCGUCCCCAAGGUGUCCUCAAGAUGUCCCCAAUGAGCAUGGAGCUCCAAGAGCUGUCCCCAACCCUGCUGCAACCACAGGUCACCGUGGUGGCCAUCCUGGGCGAGCUGCUGGCCACCCUGCCCAGGCGGAAUAAGAUGAAGCUUGUGUCCGCAGUGGACCUCUACUGGGAACUGGUGAACUUCACCAAGGACCUCCGGGUCACCCUGCACUGCACUGAUGACACCUGGCAGCGCCACAAUGUCACCUCCGAUGGUGAUGACCCUGUCACCUCCCUGAGCUGCGUCCUGGUCACCUACAAGACCACCCCAUGGAUCCCCCAGAACUGUGUGAUAAUGGCAGCCAGGAAAUGGCAGCAAUUGGUGGCCGCGCUCGUGAACAGCUGGGCCCGGCUGGCCAGGGCAGCCACCAAGCUCCGCAACACCUGCAUAGAGGCGACUGCUGAGGCGGUUGACAGAGUCACCCAGGCCAGAGAACAGCAGCGCAUGGCUGCCUAUGGUGGGACAGCUCAGGAAAACAUGGUGGAGCUCGGUCAGGCCCUGGGCGGGGAGGAGGGGGCUGAGGAGGAGGACCCCUAUAAAGCCCAGAAGAGGAUAGAGGCCAUGGUGGCUGCCAGCGAGGCAACAAGGGCCACCAUGGUGAGACAGCGGCUGGAGGCGGCCCUGGGGCUGCUGGAGCGCUUGGUGGUCGCGUGUGACGAAGCCACCGCGUUCCCCCGGGAGCUGCAGUGGCGGCUCAGGGACAUCGAGGCUGCCCUGAAGGGGGCAAAUGAGGCAUCCCCUGAUGUCCCUGAGGACUUGGUGGCCAAGGUGGCUGAGGCUGAGCGGCUGUGGGAGGCCCACAACUGUCUGGUCAAGGAUCACCUAGUGGGGACACUUGAUGACAUCAUCAAGUUCUUGUUCACUGGUGGUCCCGACCGCCCCAGUGCCUGUGGGGUGGCCGAGCGGUGCCAAAGAGCCAUUGAGGACAUCCCAGGGCUCCUUCGACCUCCAGAGCAUCCCCAGAGCAUCCCCAAGGUGUCCCCACUGUCCCCGGCCCUGCUGCAGCCACAGGUCACCAUGGUGGCCAUCCUGGUUGAGCUGCUGGAUACCCUGCACAGGCGGGAUGAGGAGAUGCUGAUGCUGCUCGAGUCCCCAAGGUGCCUGUACAGUGAACUAGUGGAUUUCACCGAGGAGUUCCACAACACCCUGUACUACACUGAUGACACCUGGUACCACCGCAAUAACUCCUCUUUAACUGACCCUCUCACCUCCCUGAGCCAGGCCGUGGCCGCCUACAGGAGCACCCCAUGGACCACCUGGUUCAAUGUGAAAAUAGCAGCGAUCGAGUGGCAGGAGGCGGUGUCUCUGCUUGUGGACAGCUGGGCCAGGCUGCCAAGGAAGGCCAGUGAGCUCCACAACGCCUGCAGGGAGGUGGCUGCUGAGGUGGCCGACAGGGUGGCCACUGCCACCGCCCAGGCCAGAGAGCAGCAGGACGAGGCUGGCCAUUAUGGGACAGCUCAGGAAAACAUGGUGGAGCUGGGUCAGGCCCUGGGCAGAGAGGAGGGGGCUGAGGUGGUGGCUGGGCAUGAAGCCCAGGUGAGGAGAGAUGCCAGGGUGGCUGCCAGCGAGGCAACAAGGGCCACCAUGGAGAGGCAGCGGCUGGAGGCGGCCCUGGGGCUGCUGGAGCGCUUGGUGGCCGCGUGUGACGAAGCCACCGCGUUCACCCAGGAGCUGCAGCACAGGGUGGGGGACAUCAAGACCAGCCUGAAGGGGACAAAUGAGGCAUCAUCUGAUGUCCCUGAGGACUUGGUGGCCAGGGUGGCCAUGGCUGAGUGGCUGUGGGAGGCCAACAACUGCCUGGCCAAGGACCACCUGGAGGAGACGCUUGACUACAUCAUCAAGUUCUAUAUCGAAGGUGAACCCGUCAGCCCCAGUGGCUGUGGGGUGGCCGAGCGGUGCCAAAGAGCCAUCGAGGACAUCCCAAGGCUCCUUCGACCCCGAGAGCGUCCCCAAGGUGUCCCCAAGGUGUCUCCAGUGAACAUGGAGCUCCAAGAGCUGUCCCCGGCCCUGCUGCAGCCACAGGUCACCGUGGUGGCCAUCCUGGGUGAGCUGCUGGACACCCUGCCCAGGCAGGACAAGGAGAUGCUGCCCAUGUCCACAGCGAGCCUGUACUGGGACCUGGUGGACUUCACUGAGAGCCUCUGGGUCACCCUGUACUGCACUGAGGGCACCUGGUGGUGCCGCAAUGUCACCCACGAUGAUGGUGACCCUCUCACCUCCCUAAGCGGGGCCCUGGCCGCCUAUGACAGCACCCCAUGGACCACCUGGGAUGAUCUGACAAUGGCAGCCAGGAAGUGGCACCGGUCGGUGUCUGUGCUUUUGAAAAGCUGGGCCAGGCUGCCCAGGAAGGCCACCAAGCUCCACAACACAUGCAGGGUGAUGGUCACUGAGGUGGCCGACAGGGCGGCCACUGCCACCGCCCGGGCCAGGGAGCUGCAGGACGAGGCUGCCCGUUAUGGGACAGCUCAGGAAAACAUGGUGGAGCUCGGUCAGGCCCUGGGCAGGGAGGAGGGGGCCGAGGUGGUGGCCGAGCGUGAAGCCCAGGUGAGGAGAGAGGCCAGGGUGGCUGCCAGCGAGGCAACAAGGGCCACCAUGGUGAGACAGCGGGUAGAGGUGGCCCUGGGGCUGCUGGAGCGCUUGGUGGUCGCGUGUGACGAAGCCACUGUGUUCCCCCGGGAGCUGCAGCGCAGGGUUGGGGACAUUGAGGCCUCCCUAAUAUGGACAAAUGAGGGAUUCUUUGAUAUCCUCGAGGGCUGGGUGGCCAAGGCGGCUGAGGCCGAGCGGUUGUGGGAGGCCAACGCCCGCCUGGCCAAGGAUCACCUGCUGGGGGCAGUUCCAGACAUCAUCCAGUUGUUCACUGGUGGUCCCAUCAGCCUCAGUGCUUCUGGGGUGCCUCGAGAGGUGCCAAUGAGCCACCUAGGACAUCCCAAGGCUCCUUCGACCCCCGGAGUGUCCCCAGAGUGUCCCCAGUGAGCCUGGAGCUCCAAAAGCUGUCACCUCCCCAGCUGCUGUAGGCUCUGGUGUCUGUGGUGGCCACCCUGGGUGAGGUGGUCGCCACUGUGACCGGGCCUCACCAGG